AGAUUAUAUACUUGAGAAGCAACUUAACCUUUCACCUUUUACCUCUAACCCGGGUAGGAUCUGAAAAUGGCUACCUCCAUGAAGUACAUCGCGACGUUGUUAUGUCGUGUGUCGCCUUUAAUUUCGUAUUCAGUUCGUCAGUAUCAGUCCCGUCUACAGAGGCUACCUGCAAGGACAUGUCUUUCUUUGUCUCCAUUUAUACAUCCCAGACACUCGUACUGCAAAGCAGCAUCGCUUCAGGACGAGGCUGUUGCUCAGGCUACUGAGGCUUUAGCCCGCUACAAGGACAGGCCUUGGGAUUACCUGGAGAGUGAAGAGUAUAUUGAAAGGUAUGGAAGCAAUCCAGUGUGGGCUGACUACAGGAGGAACCACAAAGGAGGCAUCCCCCCUCAGAAGACUCGCAAGACUUGCAUUAGAGGUGACAAGAUAUGUGGAAACCCCUGCCCAAUUUGUCGUGAUCCAAACAUCAUCAUUCACCAUCAGAAUGUCAAGUUGUUGCAGCAAUUCAUUAGUCCCCACACUGGAAUGGUGUUGGAUUCCACUCGAACUGGUGUGUGUAUGAAACAGCAGAAGAAGCUAAAUGAGGCAGUUAACACAGCACAAGAUCACGGCUUACUUCCUUUUCAGAUUCCAUAUGUGGAAUUUUCAGGGGAGGACUAUUCCAAUUCCCAUGAUGCUGUGGGCUCCACACCACCACCCUCAUCCUUAACUUUAGGUGACAACUGGUAUAAAUGGUAUGGGGAAAUACUUCCUGAUGAGAAUGAAGUGGCUAAAGUCAAAAAGACAUAUAGGGCUUACUUAAAGUGAUCGAGGCACUGAUCAUGCUGUCACAAAGAGAACCUAUUGCAAAAAUUAGUUUGUUUUUAGCCCUUGUGAUGUUUGUUCUACAGGUGUGCACAAAGUUGUACAAUAAAC